AUGAGGAUUCUAGCAGUUCUGUUGACAGUGUCUCUGGUUAGACUGUGUCAUGGGAAGGGUGGUAGUAAGAAGCCACCAACUCAACCGGCAACCCCUGCUGUUAAACAAGGAAAUACUCCAGUACAGACAGAUGGACAGAAUCCUCAGAAGCAGCCUAAAGUUCAACCAGCUCCCAAACAAUCACAGGUGGCUUCGAAACCAGCUAAACCAGGGUCAGUUCCUGAAGUUAAGCAGGAGAAAAAGCCACCUGCAAAUCUCCAGGGUAGUGUCAAGAAAGAGCAGGCCCAACCACCAACUAAGACUGCAGAUAAACCCGUAGAAUCUCUCGCUCCUGUUCAAGAACCUCAUAAACCAACUACUCUCCCUCCGGUUUCUACAGAAGCUCCUAGUAAGGAAUCUCCAGCUACUCAAUCAACUGGAAAGACUAGUGUCCUUGACCUCUUGAAUCCAGAUGUAGAAUCAGUACAUGUUGGUGGUGGCGAUGAGGACGGACUGGCUAAAAGGGUCUUUACUCCAAAUGACGGUUUUGCUGUAAAGAGUGUUGUUAGUGGAGGAGACCUUGUUUGGAAGGCUGGAGCUGGUGAAAAAUGCACUCUUGUAGAAUCUUAUAGCAAGGGGGAGUCAAUGUUGGCUUAUUUAAAGGUUGAUGGUGACUCAGGACCAGGUUUGAACUACUUUGAGAAAGUAGGUGGAAAGUGGGUGACUGUGGAGCUGAGAGGGUUUUAUCAGAAAGUUGGAGAAAUGAGAAAGAAGAAAGAGGAAUCCAUAAAUAAAGAUAUGGAAAAACAUUUGCAACGUGCCAAGGACGGAUUUAAGAAGAUAGAACAACGUGCUGCACCAGAUGCUCCUGAAGAGAAUGUAGUUGAGACUCCCGAGGUUGAAGAGUAG